GCACAUGGCCCUACCCAUUUGACAUUUUGCUUAUUCCAUUAGCCUACAUAUAGAGCUACUCUUAAAUGUGCCCGGCAGUUAUUCAGCUAUUCAUUUUAGAUUCUCUCCUGCAUCCAUUUCCUUCCCUCUAUCUAGUUUUAGCCUCCCCUCCACAUAACUAAGUUUUUCUUUCAACCUUGCUAGCUGCUGCUUUUGCUUAUUAUUAUGGCCUUUUAGCACUCAAAAGUUGUCAUAAUAUUAGUUCUUUUACUUCAGCCUCUGUGCAAACAGGUUUUGUUGGGCCAUUUUCUGUGAAUAUUUUGAUACUUUUCACUAUGGUUAUCUUAGCAGCCACUUCCAAUAACAAGAUCCAUCAGUUGCAAACUUUCAACUCUCAGAACAAUAACUACCACCUGCGCGAUGCGUCCUUCUCAUCGUACUUGAACAACAAAAAAGAGAUCCUGGCUGAAUCAGGCCAUGGCUAUGUCAGCAGCAGAAAGGAGCCUCUUGGAGUAAAGAAGGAAGAUGAUGGAGAGAUUGGAGUAUUUGAAGCUGAAAAGUACUUCAAUGGAGAAGAGAUGGAAAGCCCCCCAAGAAUUGCUGAUAAUGACGCAAACAAGCACCUGCCCCAGAAAGAUGAACAAACAGUUCUUGUAACUAGAAAGUACAAAGUUCAGUAUGGAACUCCAAGUGUAAGGUCUGAGUCAAGCUUGAAUAGCCAAAGUGCACUGUUGCAAAGUGCUGUGAGGAAUUCCUCAAGGAACAUGAAAAGCAAAUUGCAGAGGAAGAGUUUUCUAGCUGGUCUUGGUUGCAAAUGCUAUUGUUCUGACAAGAAUUCUGUUGAUAUUAGUGACCAUGCAGGUGAAAUCAGUUUCAGCAAAAAUGCCACUCAUGGAAAAACAACUUCAAGAAAUAUGUUCAAUGCUGAGCCAGAGGCUAAUCAUUCAUUUAAAAUGACUAAGCCUAAUGCAGCAGAAAUUUCGAUUAACAAAGAUGUCUACUUUCAAAGGCCAGAGAAGUUAGGGGUGGGAUUGAGCAAAGAAAACAGUUUAGCACUCUCAGCUGUGAAUUCUAUCUCAGGAAAUCAUCUGCUGAAAAUGCAACUUCAGCAAGUAGAGAAGUCAAGGAAUUCAUUGGAAGUGUUUGGCUCCCCAAUAUUGAGUAUCAGGAACAAGUCUUUAAGCUUUGAUAAAAGGUUGGCAAAGACCUCUUCUUGGGACGAUGCUCCUAAGAUUGAAGAAACUGACUUCUCAGCAAAAUCUGGAGGAAACUACAAUGAUGCUGAUAGUGAUGCAAGUUCAGACUUGUUUGAGAUUGAAAGCCUCACAGGAAAAUCCAACACCUUCCUUGGUAGAUCAACAUCCAAUGUUGUUUCUAGCUGUGCCAGUCCCACAACUUGUUAUGCACCAAGUGAGGUAAGCAUUGAAUGGAGUGUGGCCACUGCCAGUGCCUUGGAGUACUCAGCCAUGUCAGAUUAUGAUGAUCAAAGGUCAAUAGCAACCACAAGGAGUCCAAUUAGGACAUCCAUAGUUUCCUCAAAUGCUAAACCAAAAGUCAUCAAAGAGAUGCAGAGGCGGCGUCCUAGCAUGCUGUUGGGUUGCAAGAGCCAGAAAGCUGUAGGAGUUGCUGUGAAUGCCUUCACAACAUAUGAGAAAACAAGUUCUAACACGAAUAGUCGUUGCAGGUCGGACACCUUCCCUCAGGUGACAGAGACAAAGGAAGGAAGUUUUGGUGCAAGACAUAAGCAACAUGCUUAUGCAACAACCCCACUUCAGCGCUCACUCUCACCACAUCCUUCACAACUCUUGUACAUUUAGCUGCUGCUUGAAUACAUGUGUAUAUUUGAAAUUUGUUCAAUGAGUAAACCCUCACCUAAUCAGUCUCCAACUUUAUUAAAAAUUUACAUUAGUCGUUAACUUUGAAAAAUGCCAUUCACUUUAGUUCUAUACGCUAGUGAAUUUUUUUUUUUAAAAAAAAACAACUUGGAUGACAUUUAUUGAAGUUAAGGAUUAAAUUGAAUUUUGAUGAAGGUAAAGACUAAAAUGACUGGCAUAUACGAUUCAAGAGACUAAAGUGAGGGUUUAGUCUUUGUUCAAUUAUGUAUCUUGAGUCUUGAAUUUGUGUGUGAGAUGUGUUGUCCAAUAAUAAUGGUAAUGGAGGUCGAUAUGCUCUUAGUCUAAAGUCCCCAUCUCAAAUGGGAAGUGUCUUGUGUCUCCCUCUUGCUGAUCUUCAUGUAUUCUUCCACUUGCUUAGUUAUGUACCCUUUCAUUGAGUUUUCGCAGUUUCUGGUAGAAAAAUCUUGAUGAGAAUGAAUGCCUUGUAUUCAUGCAUUUGGUCUCAUAUAAAGAAAGAUGGAAUAUGAAAGGUGACCUCGUAUUGUCAAAGCAAUGGAAACCACCUCUUUAAAUGC